UUCCAAGUUGGGAAAGGAUUAAGCCUCUAUAUAUUUGGCGAUUUUACUCUCAAGUCUUAACAAGUUGUACAAUUCUAUCACUUUCAUCAGUCCUCAAAGUUUUUCCUUUCUCUUUGUUUGCCGUUUCCAAAUUCUUCUGCGUCGAUAAUGGGUCGUCUCUAUGAAUCUCAUCACGAAGAGGACAAAUCUGAAACCAACAAAAACAUUCCCAUGUUGUUCUUGCUUGGAGAAUUCUCUGGGGAAUCAAAUCAUGCUUGGUUAAACCCUAAAAACCACACCUCCAACUCCAAGCUCAUCAAAUUUCCAGAACUUGAGGACCAAACGGAGUGUCUCGCAUCCGGGUUUGGUUGGUUGCUCAUACAGUCUCGCAACACCUCCUCCCUCUUCUUUUUCAACCCCUUUACGCGUCAAAGAAUCAACCUCCCAUACCACCACAGCGUUAUCACUGCUGCUGCGUUUUCAGCCUCCCCCACCUCCCCUGAUUGCAUUGUUUUCACCUAUAGGAUGCCUAGCGUCUUUGGCGUCCGUAUUGACACUUUGCUUGUGGGACAAGAAACUUGGACCCGUCAUGUUUUCAUGCGAGAUCCAAGCUUAUUCGGUGGUUCGAUCCAAGCCAUCUAUAACAAGGGAUGCUUCUAUUGUGUGGAUCCAUAUGGAAAAAUUGCCACAUUUGAUGCUAAACUGAGGACUUGGAACAUUGUUCGUGGCAAUGGUUUUGAGAGGGCUCACAGUUAUUUCUUUGAGUUCAAUGGAGAAAUCUUUGCAGUGAAGAAGAAAUCAGAUUCAUCUUUUGCUGAGAAACUUGAGAGGCUCAAAGUGGAAGGAGGAACGUAUGGAUGGGAAGAGGUAGACUUGGGCUGCUUGGGUGAUGAUGUUACACUGUUUCUAGGUCCCUAUGGUUCCUAUGCUGUUCCAGGUUUAAGCAAUGUUGUUGGGAUGGAGAAGAAGAAGGUUUUUGUGGCGGAUUAUAGGCCUCAAUCCAAGUGUCUUAUGUACAACAAGAGCAAUGGUUUUGGGAUGGUCGCUGAUGCAGGAUUCUUCUCUUGGUGUUAUGCCCCAAUUUGGAUUCAAAGCUCCUAGAAAUCAAGUGUCAUGUAGUAAUAAUAAUAAUAAUAAUAAUAAUUAGAUUUUUUAUUUCUUAUUUUACUCAUGCAUGUACUCUUUCUUAACUACAAUAAAUAAAAUCAUUUACUUUCUCAGAAAUGCAUAAAGAG